GAGCUGCUCCUCUCUUGAGUUAACUUUUUAAUCCCGGUUUUGUCGCGUUAUCGCACACAAGAGGAGGAGGAGGCGGAGGAGGAGGUCGGUGAAUGAGAAAAGGGGACGAAAAGUCAGUCACGGUAUGAGGCUAACGUAAGACCCGGAGCGUGUAGUUGUUUUUUUUUUGGUGUUAGCAAAAAAAAAAAAACCCGCUGAUAUUUAUCUAAAGAAGAAGAAGAAGAAGAAGAAAAAGAGUAGUAGUAGAAGAAGAAGAAGAAGAAGAGGGAGAGGGGACGCUGGGAAAGGACGCUCCGGAGAAGUGAGAGUGAAACGCGGGGUCCAAGAUGCAUCUGUCCGCGGUGCUGUGGUGGGGAGCCCUGGUAACUUUACAGCUCAGCCGGAGUCCAGGAGCUGAGGGCAGUGCCGAGUGUUCAUGUGGGCGGAACCACUUCACCUGUGCGGUCAGCGCGUUCGGAGAGUGCACCUGCAUCCCGGCUCAGUGGCAGUGCGACGGAGACAACGACUGCGGCGACCACAGCGACGAGGACGGAUGCAUGCUUCCCACCUGCUCGCCGCUGGACUUCCACUGCGACAACGGAAAGUGCAUCCGCCGCUCAUGGGUUUGCGAUGGAGACAACGACUGCGAGGACGACUCGGACGAACAGGACUGUCCUCCCAGAGAAUGUGAGGAGGAUGAGUUUCACUGCCAGAACGGGUACUGUAUCCGCAGCCUGUGGCACUGCGACGGAGACAACGACUGCGGAGACAACAGCGACGAACAGUGUGAUAUGCGUAAAUGUUCAGAUAAGGAGUUUCGCUGCACAGAUGGAAGCUGUAUCGCUGAACACUGGUACUGCGACGGAGACACCGACUGCAAGGACGGAUCGGACGAGGAAAACUGCCCCUCAGACGUGAUGACAGCCACCUGCAGCGUGGAGGAGUUCCAGUGUGGGUACGGACGCUGCAUCCUGGACAUCUACCACUGCGACGGAGACGACGACUGUGGAGACUGGUCCGAUGAGUCUGACUGCUCGUCCCAUCAGCCCUGCCGAUCGGUCGAGUUCAUGUGCAGCAGUGGGAUGUGCAUCAACGCAGGCUGGAGGUGCGACGGCGAGUACGACUGCGACGACCAGUCGGACGAGAAGAACUGCACCACGUCCAUGUGCACGGCCGACCAGUUCCGCUGCGGGACUGGACGCUGCGUGCGGUUGUCAUGGCGAUGUGAUGGCGAGGAUGACUGCUCAGACCACAGCGAUGAAGAAGGCUGCGAGAAAACUGAGAGUCCACCAUGUGCUCCGGACCAGUUCCAAUGUGGAAACGGACGCUGUAUCGGUCAGAGGAAGGUGUGCAACGAGGUCAACGACUGCGGCGACGGGACCGACGAACAACCGCACCACGACUGCCGUCCACGUUCCAGCGAGGGUAACUGUAUGCAGAACAACGGCGGCUGCUCUCAGAAGUGUCAGAUGGCCAGAGGACUGGUCCAGUGCACCUGUCACACCGGAUACAGACUGAUGGACGAUGGCAAGGCCUGCCAGGAUGUGGAUGAGUGUGCAGAAGAAGGCUACUGCAGUCAGGGCUGUACCAACACCGAGGGGGGGUUCCAGUGCUGGUGCGUUCAGGGUUACGAGCUCCGGCCGGACAAACGCAGCUGCAAGGCUCUGGGUCCAGAGCCGGUUCUGCUCUUCGCCAACCGCAUUGACAUCCGUCAGGUUCUACCACACCGCUCCGAGUACACGCUGCUGCUCAACAACCUGGAGAAUGCCAUCGCCCUGGAUUUCCACCACAGCCGAGAACUGGUGUUCUGGUCCGACGUCACGCUGGACCGGAUCAUGAAGGCCAAUCUGAAUGGCUCCAACGUGGAGGAGGUGGUCUCCACAGGUCUGGAGAGCCCAGGUGGACUGGCCAUAGACUGGAUCCACGACAAACUGUACUGGACGGACUCGGGGACGUCUCGUAUUGAAGUGGCCAAUCUGGACGGGUCGCAUCGGAAGGUUCUGCUGUGGCAGAACAUGGAGAAACCCAGAGCCAUCGCGCUGCAUCCCAUCGAAGGUAAAAUCUACUGGACGGACUGGGGAAACACACCUCGCAUCGAGUACGCCAACAUGGACGGAUCCAACCGCCGCGUCAUCGCAGACACACACCUGUUCUGGCCCAACGGCCUCACCAUCGACUACGCCAGCCGCCGCAUGUACUGGGUGGACGCCAAACACCACGUCAUCGAGAGGGCGGACCUAGACGGGCGCAACCGCAAGGCCGUCAUCAGCCAAGGCCUCCCCCACCCGUUUGCCAUCACGGUGUUCGAGGACAGCCUUUACUGGACCGACUGGCACACCAAGAGCAUCAACAGCGCCAACAAAUUCACUGGCAAGAACCAGGAAGUGAUCCGCAACAAGCUGCAUUUCCCCAUGGACAUCCACACCCUGCACCCCCAGAGGCAGCCAGCAGGAGGAAGGAACCGCUGUGGCACCAACAAUGGCGGCUGCAGUCACCUGUGUCUCCCUAGCAACAAGACCUACACCUGCGCCUGCCCCACCGGCUUCAAGAAGGUCGACCACCACAAGUGUGCACACAGUCUUGACAAGUUCCUGCUUUUUGCCCGAAGGACGGACAUCCGACGAGUCAGCUUCGACACCGAGGACAUGUCCGAUGACGUCAUCCCUCUGGCCGACGUCCGCAACGCCGUGGCGCUGGACUGGGACGCCAAAGACGGCUACAUCUACUGGACCGACGUCACCACUGACUCCAUCAACAGAGCACUGUGGAACGGCACCAAGCAGGAGGUGGUGGUGGACACCAGUCUGGAGAGUCCAGCAGGUUUGGCCAUUGACUGGGUGACCAACAAGCUGUACUGGACCGACGCUGGUACGGAUCGCAUCGAGGUGUCCAACGCCGACGGGAGCAUGCGGACCGUUCUGAUCUGGGAGAACCUGGACCGGCCCAGAGACAUCGUGGUGGACCCGAUCGGAGGCUUCAUGUACUGGACGGACUGGGGCGCCAACCCGAAGAUAGAACGAGCAGGAAUGGACGCGUCCAGUCGGAUCGUCAUCAUCUCAUCCAACCUGACGUGGCCCAACGGACUCGCCAUCGACUACGAGACCAAACGGCUGUACUGGGCCGACGCCGGUAUGAAGACCAUCGAAUAUGGCAACUUUGACGGUUCAGACAGACAGGUUUUGAUCGGCAGUCAGCUUCCUCACCCCUUUGGCCUGACGGUGCACGAGGACAAACUGUACUGGACCGACUGGCAGUCCAAGAGCAUCCAGAGCGCCGACAAACUCACCGGACUGGGACGCCAGACUCUGGCUGAGAACCUGGAGAACCUCAUGGACAUCCACAUGUUCCACCGACACAGAGACACAGUCCACAACCCCUGUUCGGUGAAUAACGGCGGCUGCAGCCACCUGUGCCUUCUGGCUCCACCUCCCAAAGCGUCCAGCUGUGCCUGUCCCACCGGCAUCAACCUGCAGAAUGACGGCAAGACCUGCACACCAGGAAUGAGCAGUUUCCUGGUCUUUGCUCGGAGGACGGACAUCCGCAUGGUUUCUCUGGACAUCCCGUACUUCGCUGAUGUGGUUCUGGCCGUGAACAGCUCCAUGAAGAACACCAUUGCCAUCGGGGUCGACCCCAAAGAUGGUAAAGUGUACUGGUCUGACAGCACACUGAAGAAGAUCAGCAGAUCCAACAUCAAUGGAACUGCACAUGAGGACAUCAUAGCUACAGGGUUGAUGACGACCGACGGCCUGGCGGUGGACGCCGUCGGCAGGAAGAUCUACUGGACGGACACGGGGACGAACCGCAUCGAGGUGGCCAACCUGGACGGGUCCAUGAGGAAAGUCCUGGUCUGGCAGAACCUGGACAGUCCACGAGCCAUCGCACUUUACCACGAGAUGGGUUACAUGUACUGGACAGACUGGGGAGAACACGCCAAACUGGAGCGCUCAGCGAUGGAUGGUUCGGACCGCGUCGUCCUCAUCAAUAAUAACCUGGGUUGGCCCAACGGCCUCGCCAUCGACAUGGCCGGGUCACAGCUGCUGUGGGCGGACGCUCACACCGAGCGAAUCGAGGCGUCCGAUCUGAACGGACUGAACCGCCGUACGCUAGUGACGCCGGUCCAACACCCGUACGGUUUGACCCUACUGGGCUCCCAUAUCUACUGGACUGACUGGCAGAGCCGCAGCAUCCAACGGGCUGACAAGAACACCGGGGCCAACACCAUCACGGUCCGAGCCAACCUGCCCGGACUCAUGGACAUCCAGGCCGUGGACCGAGACCGACCGCUGGGUUUUAAUAAAUGUGGGCGGAGGAACGGCGGCUGUACUCACCUCUGUCUUCCUCGUCCUAACGGAACGUCAUGUGCUUGUCCGACGGGCAUCCUGCUCAAAGGAGACGCCCGGUCAUGUGACGACUCCCCCGAAACCUACCUGCUGUUCUCCAACCGGGUCAGCGUCCGUCGGAUCUCCCUGGACACCAACGACCACACGGACGUCCACGUCCACGUCCCCGAACUGCACAACGUCAUCUCACUGGACUACGACAGCGUGGACGGAAAACUGUACUACACUGAUGUCACGCUGGACGUCAUCAGACGUUCCAACCUGGAUGGGACGGACAUGGAGACGGUGAUCAGCCAGGGGUUGAAGACCACAGACGGACUGGCCGUAGACUGGGUGGCCAGGAACAUGUACUGGACCGACACCGGACGCAACACCAUCGAAGUGGCUCGACUGGACGGGACGAGCCGCAAAGUUCUGGUCAAUAACAGUUUGGACGAACCUCGGGCCAUCGCCGUGUUCCCAAGUAAAGGGUUCCUGUUCUGGACCGAUUGGGGUCACAUCGCUAAGAUCGAACGGUCCCACUUGGAUGGAUCGGACCGUAAAGUCCUGAUCAACACAGACCUGGGUUGGCCCAACGGCCUCACUCUGGACUACGACACACGGAGGAUUUUCUGGGUGGACGCUCACCUGGACCGGAUCGAGAGCUCAGACCUGAACGGGAAGCUGCGUCAGGUCCUGGUCAGCCCCGUGUCCCACCCCUUCGCCCUCACACAGUUGAAGCCGGUGUCCUCCCCUCUAACUCCUUUCUCCCGACUCUCGCAGCAAGACCGUUGGAUCUACUGGACGGACUGGCAGACUAAGUCCAUCCAACGCGUGGACAAACACACCGGACGCAACAAGGAAACCGUCCUGGCCAAUGUGGAGGGCCUCAUGGACAUUAUAGUGGUAUCACCUCACAGACAGACAGGUACGAACCUCUGCGGCGUCAACAACGGCGGCUGCACUCACCUCUGCUUCGCCAAAACCAACAGCUUCGUGUGUGCGUGUCCUGACGAACCGGACGGACGGCCAUGUUCCACCAUCUCAGGUUACGUCCCCACGUCUCCGACCAGAGGAACCAGCAGCACCCCGGUCCCAAACAAGAUCCCCAAAGCCCCCACGGACCCUCCCCACCGCGGACCUGUCAACUGCACUGACAAGAACAUGAACAUGGAGGGAUGUGUGACCAACAACGUGGUGACGGCUCCUCACGGUGAAGGUCUACACAUCAGCUACGUGAUCGGUGGAGUUCUCACCAUCUUGGCCAUUCUGAUCCUCAUCGCAGCGUUGAUCAUCUACAGACAUAAAAAGUCCAAGUUUGCCGACCCGGGGGUGAGUAACCUGACCUACAGUAACCCCUCAUACCGGACGUCCACACAGGAAGUGAAGAUCGAGGCGUCGCAGAAGCCUCCGAUUUACAACCAGCUCCGAUAUAAGAAAGAGGGCGGCGUGGACGGCAGCUACACCAAGGAGAAGAUCCGCAUCGUGGAGGGCGUGUGCCUGCUGUCCAACGAGGAGCUGUACUGGGACGACCUCAAACAGAUCAAGCCGUCUCGAGGCGGCCUUCACACCUGCAUGCGCACCGACACCGUGUCGCUGCAGGCGAGCAGCGCGUCGCUGGACGACGGCGAGACGGAGCAGCUGCUGCAGGAGGAGGCGUCCGAGUGCUCGUCCAUCACCACCCUGACGCCGUCGGCCAUCACCCCGCAGCGCCACGCCCAGCACAGCCUGCCCGACACCGGCUGGGCCUCGGUACGCAAACCCUCCACCGAGAGCGAAGUGUGAGGGAGGUCCCGCCCCCCUGACGCCCGACGCCCCCGCACUCUGUCUCCGCCUCAACACACCCAUAUAAAAACCCUGGUACAAACACACACACACAAUCACACACACACACACACACACACACGUAGGAACAAACGUAGAGUUAAGGAAUCACCUUUGGAACUGGGCUCCGUCCACCGGACCGCCAUCAGACCACGCCCCCUCAGAGCUACAGCCCAGAGGCGUGGCCUACAAACUACCGAGCAUGCUGGAAUCAGAAAGCAAAGGAUUGUGGGGAGGAAGUGAACAGAGGGACACAAAGCCGGGGCAGAUCCUCAGCGGGACCGGCGCUUCUCUGUCAACGACUUCGCCGCUGUUUGGGUUUGAAUUUUUCGUUUUGUUUGUGAACUGUUUCUCUUUUUGGACGAAGCUAAAACGACAAACUGACGCUCUCUCUCUCUCUAAUGCCACUCAUGUCUUUAUAAACUCUAUUUAUGAACGUUUUAUUUUGUACUUCAGAGUGGGAACGGCCAGAGCGUUUGCGUCGACUCUUAUGCAGCAGGAGGCGGGGUUUUCAUGCUUGUAUUUAUGACAGUGCCAAAGGGGUGGAGCUUCCGCAGAGUCUCCACGCUUCUUUCUUUCAUGGACUCACACUCACGCCCUCACCCACCUGUUCAUGUUUCCGUUUGGAUCCACAGCCUCCAGUCGGUCACGCUGCCACUCUUAGUAUUACACACGGAAGUUCAUCCUCGGCGAAACGUGGCCUUUUUUACCGUCGGAGCGGAGGACGCCGGGAUGAAGAAACAGCCAAAAAUAGCCAAAAACGUCAUUACCUUCACCCUCUUUCUUUACGUUUCCUGGAGGUUGUAAAGGGGGAGGGGUCUCUACAUCAUCUCUCAUUUAUUGCUGAUGGUUUGGAGCCGUGCAGAUGAAGUAGUUUUGGCUUUAUUCACUGAGGUUUUAUGUAUUUAGUCUCUUAUUUCAGACGCCACAUCGACCGAAUACAGAUGAUUUAACCUCAGAUUAAAAGCACAGACUGGGUUUAAUGAACAGAGGUGGUUUUGGUCGCCUCCAGGUCUGUGCAGCCCACAGUCUGUUUUCUAAAAAAUGUACAAUUCAGGAUGUUUUAUAGUGUUUGAACCUGAGUGACUUUUUCUUUUUUUUUUAUUUAAGGGAGUUGUUCGAUUCGCUGGAGUUCAGUCGGACUAAGUAGGUUUUCCUCAUGAACCCUGACCUUCAGAAGCAGAACUUUUGUUGUUUUGAGAAAAAUACAAUAAACCCUGCUUCUAAUUCUAGAUACUUUAAGGAGUUUAUUCACUGAAUAACAAAUCUGACCUAAACAAAGGAAAAAAACAUUAAAAAAUCUAACAGUGAAAAACAUUAUUUACAUAUUAAACAUCAUUAGUCCAGAAAUGUGUCUGAAAAAUAGGAGUCCAGUUCUGAGUGUCCUGGAGAACCAGGUCUGGGUCUAGGUCAUGGGUCCAGGUCUGGUUCUAGGUCUAGGUCUGGGUCCAGGCCCGGGUCUGGUUCCAGGUUCAGGUCUGGGUCCAGGUCUAGUUCUGGGCCUGGGUUCAGGUCUGGGUCUGGGUCCAGGUCUGUGCCUAGGUUACGGGUCUGGGUCCAGGUCUGGGUCUGGUUCCAGGUUUGGGUCCAGGUCUGGUUCUGUUUCCAGGUCUGGUUCUGGGUCUGGGUCCAGGUCUGGGUCUGGUUUCCUCUCCUCCUGUUACGAAAUCUGUUCUUUUACUAAAUGAGAAUCUACUAAAGCACUUGAUAUUAAUAUUUUCACUCAUUUAAUUUACGAUUUUUACUAAAAUAACGACAAAAACAAAGACUUCAGCUGCAGCGAAGUUUAACAUCAUGUUAAAUUUUUUUUUUUUUUUAUUGUUGCUUUAAUUUAUUAGUAAAUUUAACUCUGACUGACGGGAGUUUUUUUUUUUUUUUUAUGUUUAAGACAUUUGUUGAAAACAUCUGCGAUAUUUAGCAGCAGACGUGAACAUUAUCGACUUUGUUUGUUACAAGACGUGAACUUGUAAUUUCACUGUAACAUUUACACCCAGUUUAUAAUCAGAGAACAUACAUGUACCUGCAUUUACAUUUUUUACAGCGGGGUGUUUCUGAUUUUUCCUUAUUCUUUAUAAUUUAUUUUUUUCUUUAAAAAAAACACUAUAAAAAGUCAACACAGCCUGGAUUUGAGAAAAACCCUGCACUCGGUAUCAUUUAUACCGAUGCGUCAGUCUUUUCCCACCACAUCCAUAAACUCUGACAUUAAAUAUCAACAAAAACCAACAGAUUUUUUUCCAUCUGAGGUUAUAUUUCUGUAUUUUUGGGGCUGGUUUUGAGUUUCAGAGACAAAUAUCCCAAACCUUCACCACGUAAAACCAAAACUACCUGCAUGGCUUGAGUAUUUCUCUCAUAUUUAUUUAUUUAGUUUUGUUUCUUUCUGGGAGUUUUAAUAUUAAAUCUGUAAAGGAACGGUGCAUGUGCAGUAUCCACACUGUGCGUGGAGCGCCCCCUUCAGGCAGCAAGGGAUCUACUUUAGAAAAUAUAUCACUGACAACUUACUGAAGCAUUAAUUUAAUACAAGAUAUUAUGCAUCGCUUUAACUUUACUGUUUUUUUUUUUUUUUGUCUGUUGUUAAAACAUGGUACAAGAAAAUACUAUAUUGCUAUAUUAACAAAUAUUAUCAGUUAGAAUUUAUUAAAACCGUGUAUUUUGAAGUAUCUGCUACGAGCUCAGCCACGUUGCUGAUUUGCUGCUAGACGAAGCACUGAGGCCAAUGAACGAGGGUCCUGGCAGCUACGGAAACCGCGGUCACCGUGGCAACGACGGCGACGGCGACGACCCAGUACGCAUUCAUCCCGGCUCACAGUCCCUCCAAACUCUGCUGCAGGAACGCUCAAGUGUACAGAUUUGAUCACGCCGAUAUAAGCAAAACAUUUCUGUUGAAGAUAUUGUGUUAAUUAAGUUGUAUAGUCUUUUGUACAAAGGGAUUUCAUGAUCGUUUUUAGACCUGUAUUAAUUUUACUCACUGGAGAAGAACUUUUUUUUUGUUUGUUUGUUUGUUUGUUUUUGUUUUGAUUUUUUUUUUUUUUUGCUGGAUUCUUUUAACCACUGUGUUUCCAAGCCUUGUAAAUGAUUAUAGGGAAGAUGCCAGUUAUUUAAUAGUGCUCUUUUAUCUUCUGAAAUACUGGUUCGCGUAUAGCUGUUGUAAAGUUAACAAAAAAGAGGUAUUUAUGAUUUCUGUUUGGUUGUCACUUGAUGUGUAAAUAUGAAAAGACUGUAUAUGUAUUUCCAUGGCAGUACUAACAAGCUGUGUUGUGUGAUAUAGUGAAUUAUCCCUUUGCUAUCUUUUAAUAUAAAAUUGCAUUUGCAUUUCAAUGAAACCUCA